UAAAAUUAGCGCUGCAGCUCUGAACGUUUUAACAUGUGAUGUAAAAAUAGCAGGCCGGGAAGUCUGCUCUCCACACAGCAGAUAUACAGGGCAGACGGAGUGUAAGUCGUUUAACUUAAUGUUAACUGUUACUGGUCACAGCAGGGAAUGUAAACAGACAAACAGACUUUGAGAGAGAAAGAGACAGAAAGAGGUCAGUUUGACCAGUCGGUCUUCAACAAGAGAUCGACUGCACUGACUGAAGACUGAACCAAAAGUGGAUUAAUACAGUCAUCUUUCCUGUUUUGUAGGAUGUUGUCAAACAAGGAGUCGAAGAGGACGUUCAGCAACGGGCCGCUCAGAGACAAAUGGGAGCAGAAAGCUCAGAGCGUGGCGGAGCAGUGCAAACAGGAGGCCGAAUGGAAGAAGAAAAGUGACCACAAAAUAUCUUUCUCAAAGUGGAAUUAUCACUGGUCCCUCGUUUCCAAUGGAGACUUUAAGAAGCUCACCAGCGGAGCAGAUGAAGAGGAAAACAAGCCAAAAAUCAAAUUCAAAGUAGUCCCCCCUCCUCCCAAACCCAAACAUGAGCGCGCUCCUCCUCCGCCGCCAAAGAAAGCAGCUUCGCCUAAACUUCGUGCACCAAAACGUAAAGUUGAAGUGGAUGUUUUUAAGAUAUGCUGGAAAGACUCCUGGAUGAGCCUGAAGCCACCAAAGUAUCUUUACCUGAAGGCCAAAGAGGCAAAGCCCCGGAUCCCAGGGUUCACAACCAUAGAGAUGACAAACAACGGGGAAUACAAACCAAAGGAAUACGGACUGGAGGCCAAAUGGGCGUCUUCUGCUGAUGAAUGGAGUGACUCCUGGAAACAGGUGAGGAGUCCUGCCCAGCUGGAGCGCUCGGAGGAGAAACAAUCCCAGUCGGACAUUUUGUUUGAAAGAAUGAUGCAUAUCCAAACUGAGAUAGAAGUGUUUUCUCUUCCUGUCUGGGCUGGUACUUGGAAGAUGAUGAACUUUGCCUUCAGACAGGAAAAGAAGAAUUGGGAUCGUAUCUGGCCUGAUUAUCAACAAAUCUGCAGCAACAAGUUUGACAAAGUACAACAACUAGAGGAGCAGGAAGCGCCUUCCGACUGGGAGGGUUCAUGGAAAAUGUCCGUUAUUCAGCCUGAAACCAAAGACGUCACAACCGCAACCUCUGAAACCACAGUGAUGAUGAGGAUAAACAAUGUGUUCAUGCCCGGGUGGUGCGACUCCUGGCUACUCUCUGCUGCUCCUCGGGAGGAAGAAGAAGAACGCCGCAAACACUGGAGCUCCUGCUGGGGGUUCAGGCAGCAGACCAGGUGGUGGAAGUCUUCGCUGCAGUCCCAUCAUCGACACAGUGCCAUGCUGACUAAGAGACAUGAAGACAAAAACCUUUUCCUUGUGUCCACGCUGGACAAUGAGAUCAUGGACAGCACAGAGUGGACGGAGGCCUGGAAGACGCCUAAAGGAUGGAUCGAACCAGAGGAGGACAAAAUGGACGAGAUGAUGAGUGACACAGACGGACAGGAGGAGGAUGAACGAGUGGAUUAUGAGGAGGAUGACGAAGAAGCUGAGGAGAUGCAGGAGAAGGAGCAGGAGGAAGAGCAGGAAGAGGAGGACGACUAUGAUGAUGAAGGAGUAGAUGAGGAGGAUAUUGGCAAAAACAAAGAGGACAACAAUGAAGAGAGGGAUAUAGAAAUACAAGUGAAGGGGGAGAGAGAAUUUAACAAAGAAGAUGAAGAAGAUAAGGAUGAGGAUGAAGGGGUAGAUGAGGAGGAGGAGGAGGAGGAGGCGGAGGAGGACAGUGACGCGAAGGAUGAAGUAGUAAACAAAAACAACAAACAUGAGGAGGAAAAAUAUGCAGACAAGGAAAUUGAGGAGGAAGAUGAAAAGGACAAAGAAAAAGAUAAAAAUAUGGAGGAAGAGGAGAAAGGGAUGAAGAACGAUGAUGAAAUGCAUAAGGUGGGUGCAGAUGAUGAGGGAGAACACAAGGGGGAGUGGGACAAAAAAGCACACACGGUGGAGGAGAAGAACAUAAACCAAAAUUUUGGGGAGGAUGAAGAUGAAGAUGAAGAGGAGGAGGACACACAACAAUCUGAUAAUGAGGAAAACAUAAAAGAGGACGAUGAAGAAGGAGUAAAGGAGGAUGACCCAGAUGCUAUAGAAAAAGUAGAUGGGGAAGAAAAAGAUGAUUAUAUGGAUGAAAAAGACAAAGAAGUAGAUGAGGAGGAGGAAGAAGACAUGGUAAAUGGAGAGGAAGAGUUGGACAAAGUUGAAAUGAAAGAAGUAGACCAAGAAGAGGGACAGGCGGACGAAGAGGAUGAGAAGGAGGACAAUAUUUACAGGGAGCUGAAACACAAAUUGAUAGAAACGGAGAACAGUGUUGAUACAGCUGGGGACAAUGCUGAAGAAGAGGAAAAGGAGGAUGAAGAAGACAAAGACGUUGACUAUCAAGAUGUGGCUGGGGAUGAGGAGGAGGUAAAUAUGGACGAGAAGGAGGACAAAAUAGCUAAGGACAGGGGAAUUGACGUAGAGGAAGAGGAGGGUGUGGAUACAGAGGAGGAGGAAGAGGUGGAAAAAGAGAAAGAAGAGGACAUUAAAGAAGUGUAUAAGGAAGAUGAAGAAAUACAGGAGGAGGAAAAGGAAGCCAGGGAGGGGGUGCAUGAUGUAGAGGAAGAGGAGGGUGAGGAUACAGAGGAGGAGGAAGAGGUGGAAAAAGAGAAUGAAGAGGACAUUGAUGAAGUGUAUAAGGAAGAUGAAGAAAUACAGGAGGAGGAAAAGGUAACCAGGGAGGGGGUGCAUGAUGUAGAGGAAGAGGAGGGGGUGGAUACAGAGGAGGAGGAAGAGGUGGAAAAAGAGAAUGAAGAGGACAUUGAUGAAGUGUAUAAUGAAGAUGAAGAAAUACUGGAGGAGGAAAAGGUAGCCAGGGAGGGGGUGCAUGAUGUAGAGGAAGAGGAGGGGGUGGAUACAGAGGAUGAGAAAGGUGAGGAAGAGGAUGAAGAGGAAGAAGCAGCAGAAAACGCACAGGAGAACGAAGAAGACAAUGAAGAGGAUGAGGAUGAUGAAGAGGUAGACCAAAAGGAGGAGAAGGGAAAUGAAGAAGAACAUACCAGGGAGGAGGAUGUAGAAGAAGAAGAGGACGAAGAACAGAAAGAGGACGAAGCAGACAAAGACCAGGAGACAGAAGAAGUUGAUGAGGAGGAAGUAGACGAGGAGGCAGAAGUAGACGAGGAGGAGACGGGGAAAGAGGACACAGAGGGGAUGGCGGUCCAACUAAAAGAGGAGGAAGGCGGCUUCGAGGACGCAGACAAGAAAGAGGAGAAAGACAACGAGAGAAUCAAAUGCAAAUCCGAUGUCCCACUCCAUCUGCAGUUCCAUAAACUGAGCUCCUCCUUCUCCUCCUGGAAGCAGUCGUGGAUGGUGGCAGUAGCUCACAGGGGAGCAGAUGAGUAUGAGGAGGAGGAGGAGGAGCAGGAGCAGGAGGAGAUGGAGGAGUGGAUGGCGUGGAGAGAGUCGUGGAGGAUUUGCCGCUGGAAGAAGCCGGACGAGGACCAGGUGGUGUGUUUCUCCACCGAGCACCGGAGUCAGAGACACAUGGGACGGACGCACGAAGACGACGGCAUGCCAAACAGGGAGUGGACUCUCAGCUGGAAGAUGAACAAGACUGCAGCAAAGGAUGCAGAAGGAAACGAGGAAAGUGGAAACAUUCUAAUAGCUCACAAAUGAUGAUAUGGGAAAUGCAUUGAUUUUUUAUUCAAUAUUGGAGCCCAGCAAAGUUAGAUAUUGGUAAACGACCCUCAUUCUCAUUAAUUGUGUCCAUAGAGCUGGCUUUGAUAUAUCACUUUAUGAUUGACAAGUCUCUACCGCUACUAGAGCCGUAUACUGCGUCUCCUCAGACACUUCUCAGUUCAAUCAUUUUACUUUCAGUCACUGGCUGUGAAACAUCAAUAUGUGAGCAAAUGCUGACCUCUGGCUUUAAACACGCUGGUCCUCUCACCAAUGAGCUGAGUAGAAACUACUCCACCCACUUCAUAAAAAGGGUUUUUCUGGGUUUCAGACCACUCAUUAAUGGUCAACAAGGGCUCCAAUCCGAGACAAUUUGGAGGGAGCAUGAGAGUCUGGAGGAAUGUGCAUGUUUUCUACUUCAACAGUGUUCACAACCACACAACUCUGAUGUAAAGGGUGGCCUUAAACACUUUGCAUUGUCUUAAGACACGUAGCCGUGUCCGUCCUGUUUUAGCACCAAGCUAGGGUUACUGCCUUUGUUGGUGAAAGAGUUUAUUGCCCCACAUGUGGAUCUAGCAUUGCACAUUGUAACUUUUCUCCCAUUGCUAAAUAAAUACAUGUUUUUGCCCGUGGUGUAGCUUGAAUUGAGACAUUUGCAAGGUCAAUUGACACAGUAAAAGGUGUGAAAUAACCAAGCAGCCACAAACCAGUUCAACCCGGAAGAAACGCAGUUCUUUGAAUAGCCACAAGAGUCACUCCCCAGAGACCGCCAUGUUGAAGGUGUGAAGUAAAUAUGUUCAUGUAUAAGUUCAAACAUGAGGCUGUGACAGUGCGGCCGUAUGUAAAAUGUGUAUGUUAUAAAUGUCAUGAGGCUCAGUGCUGCCAGAAUGUAAAACACUAUAAGGACAAUGUGUGAAUAUGUCACUGUAUUUUAUGAAAUGACAAGCUGUUUACAUUUUUCAGUAAGUAGCUUAACCUCUGGCAUGAUGAACUUUUUUGGCUUUCUUGCCAAGAUUUCUGUGAGAUGAGGUGGACAUCCACGUCGUCCACUACUGUCAGGCUGCGGUUAGCCUAGCUUAGCAUAGAGACUGGAAGCAGGGGCAGAGAAGAGACACCGUCACAUAUUUCCAGCAUGUGACUUCCCUUCGCACUCCAAACUAUUGAUGGUUUUUGCUGUACCUGAUUCAAGAUGCAGCAUAUACACAAAUACACGUUAGGGGUGCCAAAAACAGCAGUGGUUAAGUGAAAAAGAGUAGGUCUCCUUUAAACCCACUGCCCCUAAAUACUUAGGAUAAGUUAACCCUUUUAUGGUGUUCUGGUCUUUGAGACCCGUUUUAAUCUUUUAUAAAAACAAAAAUAAUCCGAUUCGUUAUUUUCUCAAAUUCAGACUUAUUGGGCAUGGCUUUUUUUCUGCAGCGCAACUUUUAUCGACCGCCCACCGUGACCCCUCCCUACACAUUUAUGUGACAUACAUUGAAAUUGAAGGUCCUGUGCACCUUCAGUCUCACAAGUCUACAGUGGGAAUCCUGAUGGAGGGCACUCAGAGAAAAAUCAAGGCAUGAGAGGUGUCCUGGACAUGGCCAAGGAACUCGGUGGACGCAACAUCACAUGCAAUAAUUGUUUUGCUUUGUACAAGCUGGGACAGGAGCUCCUGAUGAGGAGGCUGACUGGUGGGAACGAUGAGGAGAAACAGGCUUGAGCUCCCAAUAUUAACCAUAUCAGCUGUUUAUAUUGCUUCUAAUUGGGAUGAACUAAUCAAAAACCCCAAAACAGACCCACAACAGGCUGAGUAACACAAAAGUGAACACCAUACAAGGGUUAAAUGCUGAGGUCAAACUGCACGAGUUCCUCUGGAGGCCUCUAGGAGGGGCUAGUGAGGGGGAUAUUUUCAAUCCUGGGGGAAAUUAAAUCCUGUGAAUAAAUCAGCCACCGGUUAGAGACAGAAGCUCAGUCAUACUUUGACUUCACAGAAGAUAAAGUCCUGGUUGGUUAACAGAAAAUAGGAAUUUGUCUAAAUGAUGAAAAGGGUUUUAAUGGAUAAAUAAA